ACACAAAAAUGAAAGACUUGCCACAAAAAUCAAAAAUUCACCACAAAAAAACUGUUAGUUGGCAAGUCUAAGAAUACAAAUUGUGUGUGGUGAAUAUUAUUGAAAUGACAGCGUCAAUUGUGUUUUGUUGUUUUUAUCAAUUUUGCUACAAUUGCGUGUGGUUGUGUGAAUGAAAAUAUAUUGAGAUCUUAAAAAAAAUGAUAACUACGUUGUGUGAAAAAUAUUAACAAAUUAUUGCAAAGCAAAAUAUAUGGAAAUAUACAUAUAAAAACAUAUUGGCCACAAUUAAUAAUUGUCUCCCAGCAGCAAAUUGCUGGAGACACUAACAAAAUAUACACAUUGGUGCACUAACGAUUUGUUUUUGCAAAUUGCAAUAAAACGCAAUGCAACAACCGUCAUGGUCAUGGCUGCUGGUCUUCUACUGGCUAUUGGCGUUCCAACAACUAUGGUGUGUAAGUGAUGGCACACAUGUACAAGGAGUAUUCAAUACACAAGAAUUCUUCAAGUUCAUUGUCAAGUUUGGCUUCCAAAAGGCGGAGGCACACUCGCAACGUGAAUCUUUUGGUUAUAUCUAUGGCAACAUAACAUCGAAGGAUUCAUUUGCAACACCAGUAACACUGGUUGUACUGGACAAGGCAACUUUUGUGGAUUUCUACAGCAAUCGCACCUAUUACAAUCGUGAAAGUGCGUGCCAGCACAUGUUUAGACGGGUGCAAAUACUGGCUUAUGACUCUGCUUGCAAUACACACGCAAAACGAGAUUUUUUGCGACGUGUGCCGUGUCCACAGGGCGAAUUGUGUGUAGAUGAAGAUGCACCUGGAAACGUUGUGCCUGGAAAUCAAUUCACUUAUGUUAUCAGUGAAGUACAACAACCACGAUUUUGGUAUGUUGCAAUGGUGGCUUGUUUCCGCAAUCGAACAACCUGCAAAUGGCAUGCAUACGAUCCGAUGAAGUUUGGCAAUAAAACAAAAGUGAAAAUAACAUCAACAAGAACUUUGGCAGAUAUUUUUUCACAUACCUUGGAAUAUGAUAUUCAUGUGGUCAAUAAUCAUCCAAAUAAUUCGGCCACUCAUCCGUUAACCUAUCAAUUUUCAUACGACCAACAGAAUCUAUUGGAAAUGUAUUUAAUAUUUUUACUUGUUUACGUUAUACUACUGCCAGUCCAAAUUUAUGCAGUACGUCUACAAAAACACCCUGUAACAAAAUUGUUUACACUAAGUUUACUCAGCGAAUUUGUUAGUUUAACAAUGAUAACAGCGCAUCUGACCAAUUUCGCUCUAAAUGGUGUCGGUGAACCGAAUAUGCAAGCAGCUGGAGAUAUUUUAGAUAUUUUUAGUAGAACGACAUUUAUGCUAAUAUUACUCUUACUUGCCAAAGGUUGGGCAGUGACCCGCCAACAAAUCAGUCGAUCUGGCUGGAUUAUUCUUAUGAGCAUUUGGGUGCCAUAUUGUGCAUUUCACGUAUUACUUUAUAUAUGGGACAAGACGGAAGUGGAUAUUAUUUCCGACAUUGAUGAAUAUCAAACAUGGCCCGGUUGGAUUGUUCUCAUACUG